AACGAUAUUCAACGUCGGGCCGUGUUUUCCUUUAGGCAAUCUCGGGUAAAAUUACAAGACAGAUUAUAUAUACAAACCGCUUUAGAUAUCAGAGAUAGUUUCAAGUGAUUCUGAUUUUGAACAAUAACAAUACACAGUUUAUCGCAAUUUCGAUUUAAGAGCUCAAUUGCGGUGCCAGUACUACUUGAAUUUUGUAAUUAGAAAGAUUGUAGUGAAGAGUUAGUUGUACGAGGCGAGAUAUCGAAAUCAUCAAACAUGGCUUUCGGAGGAGGAGAGACAACAAGACAGUAUUUCGUCAAUUUUGUUUCCGAAGUUUUGGGAACGGCCCUUCUUCUAUUUUUAGGAUGUAUGGGCUGCAUACAAACAGACAAUCCACCUGCUGUGCACCACAUGCCUGCUAUAGCAUUCGGUUUAGUUGUCCUGCUAAUUAUUCAAAUAUUCGGACAUAUAUCAGGAGCUCAUUUAAAUCCAGCUGUAACGCUUAGUACUGUGAUUUUCCGAAUGCUUAGUCCUGCGAUGGGCGUUGUUUAUGUUGCAGGACAAUUUCUUGGAGCAACAUUAGGUUACGCACUUUUAAAAAUACUCAUGCCCGAAGGAUGGGUUUCUGGUGGUUUUUGCCUAACCAAACCAGCUGCUGCAGCUAGUCCAAUUCAAGCUUUAAUAAUAGAAACCAUCAUCACUGCAGUACUUAUUUUGGUUUGUUGUGGGGUAUGGGAUCCGAGAAAUGCUCAGAAACAAGACUCUGUGCCUUUGAGGUUUGGACUAAUUAUUACAGCUAUUGCCAUGGUGGCGGGACCAAUAACAGGAGCAAGUAUGAAUACUGCCAGAUCAUUUGGACCUGCUUUUCUGGCCGGAGAUUAUGAACAUCAAUGGAUAUACUGGAUCGGACCUAACGUAGGUGCCAUCAUUGGUUGUGGUAUUUACAGCUUUAUAUUCGCAGAAGAAGAGCCUGAAGAAGAGGAAAUCAUUGAACUCGAAGAGGUUGGACACAUGAUUCAGGAAAAAUCGUAAUAAAUCUUCCCUGAUUUGCAUAAAGGAUGCAUAAACAAUAUGUGUUAUUUUCAUGCCGCUUAUAAUACCACAGAUUUAUUGAAAAUAAUAUCAGCUUCAUCGCAAUCUACAGCAGUAUUCCGAAUUUUAACUAUUUUAUUAGUUAAAUGACAAAUGAUAAUUAUUUUAAAGUACCAUUAAUGAAAGUUUUUUAAAUCAUCAUAAUCGUACUUUAUAAUUUUAAAACUGCUGUAGUUUCCUUUGAAGAUGGCGAAACUGACAUUUUCAAACUAUAAUACUCGAUAAUUAAAGAAUACAAGGACAAAAUACCCUAUAGAUAACACCCGAGACAAAAUUGUUACCAUUUUUGUCUCCAAACAGUGCCGUGUCAGAGGGUUAAGAGUCUAUUACGCUAUACUAUUCGGGUCGCUCUCAGGGGUCGGGUAAAGCGGGUGUGUGGCCGAAGAUUAAGGUUUGCAAAGCUUCAGCAUUUGCCAUAACAUAGCGAGCAAUUUGUUACAUAACCAUAUAAAUUAUAUAUCAUUGUAAUUACAAAACUUCAAUCUAUUUCUGCAUUGUAACGAAAUUUUAAAUUAUGUCUUUAUUUCACAGAAAAUUUAGUCCAAAUAUAAGGAAUAUUUUGUUGAUGUUUGACCAUCAAAAUCUUGAAAAUAAAGAAGUUGUCUAAAAAUGUCCUACAAUUAUAUAGUAUAAUCCUUUAUCUUUAAUUUCCUUCUUUAUUUGUAUAAAAAUACCUAGGCAGUUUUACAUAAAACGUUAAAUCCUGAACGCUUAUUUUGGCAGUUUUUUGGAUUAGUGAAAUGGACUUUUAAACGUAAUUCCUGGUUCUUUCUCAUCGUUGUGGCUUUUACAAUUGCAAGCUGAACAAAUCACCAUUGUAAUAAAGUUUAUACAAAGUUUAAUAUACACUACAAACUAUUAUUAAUUGCUAAAAUUGUCGCUGGUGACACAUCCGUUGUUUCCAAAAAAAUGGCGUCUAACAUCACAAAUUUUACUUCAGCCCGUAUAUGCCCCUUAACACGUCGUCCUCGUAUUCUUUAGUCAUUGGUAACACUAAUCUGUCGUAGAUAAUGGCAAAUUUAAUUGAUUUUUAACCUAAAAACCUACACAUUCCAUUUAUUUUACACACAUUCUUGCCAAUUGUUAUUUUAUAAUAGCUAAGCUUAUUAUAUUAUCACAUAUUUAUAUAAUCACGUUUAAAAAUCAUCAACAAGAAGUCAUGAAAAGAUGUGAUAAGAUUGAAAAAAUGAAAUAAUAAGAGCCGGAAUGACAGGGUCAUCAAAUAAUUUUUGGCAUAUUUUUUUUAUUUGAUCUAGUCGAAUAUGUUGUUAAUGUUUAAUUUUAAGUUGUUAUUGAGAUGUUUUAAAAAUGUCUCAAAUAGCCGGGACUGUACGAAUAAAUUUAUUUUUUGUA